CCAAAGUUGAGGCCAGAAUUUUAAAUCUGGGGGUGAAAGGCAACAGUUAACACGUAACUUUGUGGUCAAAGGUUGUUUCUGCAUGCAGUGCAAUAUGAAAAAAAAAUAUUAAAAGAUUUAGAACAAUGGCUUCAAUCCAUACGUCUGGUGUGCUCACUUAAAACGAUAAAACACACAUCUAUGUGCUCAUGAGUGUCUUAAAUCUGAAGAAGCUAUUGAAACCUAAAAAUAGAUACCGCAAAACACCAAUAUUUAUUUAAAAUAAAAUUCAAGUAUUCUUAUUCUGCUCUUAGUCUGUGGGAAAGGACAAAAUUGGCAAGCUGAAGAGCUCGGUCUUGGCUCACCUAAUUAAAAUAUAAAGGCUAACUUGCCUUGUGAUCACUGGCUUUCGCCCUUGAACACAGAAAUGAGAUCACAGAUUUUCACGAAGUAAAGGAGAGGCGGCUGGGGCUGCUGCUGCCUCUAUCUCUCCCUUGCUCGAGCCUGAGUCCUGCAUUACAUCACUGGCGGCCAGCUCCCGCUGGGGUGGGAAGAGGAAGCGUCAAGGAGCGAUUCCUAGACUGAUUAGGAUAAAGAAGGAAGAAGAAAAGGCAGGAGCAGGUUCGCGAAACUGGGAAGGGUGUGCCAGAGAGGAAAAUAGGUAGCCCCUUCCCUUGUGCCACUGGAGGGCUUAUUCCUCCCGCCCUCCAACCCCCCCCCCCAAACAAAACCCAAACAACCCCUAACCACCCGAGAGAUGCAUUAGGAAGGAGGGGUCACGAAAGGAAAGGGGGGGACGGCGAAGAGGUACAUAUCUCCCCCCCCCUCCAGCGGUGCAUCCACAGACAGGCGACAGCAGCCAAGGGGAGAGAUUUUUUGUUGUUGUUGUUUUUUAUUUUUUUUUAAGUGGGGCGGGGGGGGGGGAGAAUCUCUUCUGUACCAGGAGGCACAUCAGCCGGCGGUGCUGGAGGAACGAAGAGGAGGGGGAGGAAGGAUCUCUCACCUUCCCCCAGAUGAGAAGAUCAUGCCAUGGCAGAAUUGGCGACGACGGCCAGCAGCAGCAUCAGGGGCGGCGACGAGAGGCACGGGAGCAGCAGCAGCAGCAGCAGUAGUAGCAAUAGCAGCAACAACCCUGCAGCAGGGGCGGCGGCGGCGGUAGCGGAGGGAGAAGGAGGCGAUGGGAAAGAAAGAGGAGAAAAAAAAGGGGGAGAAGGGGCAGCGGCGGCUGUGAACUCCCAGGACGAGGACUACGAGUGUAAGAUCUGCUACAACUAUUUCGACUUGGACCGGCGGGCUCCCAAGCUUCUGGAAUGCCUGCACACCUUCUGCCAGGAGUGCCUGAGCCAGCUGCAAGUACGCGGGGCUGCCCAGCAGGAGCGGGAGCGGGAGCAGCAACAGCAGCAGCAACGGCCACCCCCCGCCCCUCCGCCUUGGCGCCCCGGGCCAUCGGAGGCUGCCGAAGCGGGGGCUGGGCCCGCCAGCCCCGGUCCUAGCUCCUCGGGCCUCGGGGGCAUUGCCUGCCCGGUGUGCCGCCACCGCACUGCCCUGCCCGACAGCCGCGUGCACAACCUGCCCAGCAACACCAAGUUCGCCGAGGCCUUUCCGCUCUACCUGCGCGCUGCGCAGGAUCCGCUUCCCCAGGACAGCCUCCCACCGCUGCCACUGCCCCCGGCCCGGCGCCCUGGAGGCGCCGAACUGCAUCAGCCCCCGCACGACCACCCUCACAGCCACCACCACCAUCCCCACCCGCCCCCACCUCUCCGACAGCGGGAGGAGCCGGCCGGCGGGGCGGCCUCAGCUCCGGAGUCCGCUCCGGCCCCGGCCCGGGCCCCGGUGCCCCUCGGCCGCGGUGGCCUUGGCUCCUCUGCGGGGCCCUCGGGAGGAGGCGGAUACGAGAGCUGCCAGAACUGCAAGCGGGCGGCACUGACAGCGGGCUGCGUGUGCGUGGUCUUCUCCUUCCUUUCCAUGGUGGUGCUGCUCUUCACCGGCCUCAUCUUCGUGAACCACUACGGCGGGGGCGGAGGCGGGGGUGGCGUGCCCGGGACAGCACCUGGCACCACACCGGGCGGCUCGCCGUCCCCGUCGCCCGUGGGGCCCAUCUGCCUCUCGGUGGCCAGCAUUCUGGCUUUGUUCUCCGUCGUCGUCACUUGGGUCAUCUGCUGGCUCAAGUACCGGCCCGAAGGGGCGGCCGGGGGCUCAGCUGCAGCCACUUCGGCUGGGGGCGGGGGCAGCGGCGGAGCUGGGGGAGGAGGAGGAGGAGGAGGUGGUGGAGGAGGAGGAGGAAGCGGUGUACCCCGGGGCCGGGCUGCGGCCACUGCUGGUAGCCGGAGGAACAACACGUAACUAACCAGCUGCUCGCUUCUUCGACCCUCGGCAUAGUCCUAUGGGUGUCUGGAAACCCCUACCCAGUCCUUCCAGCCGUUCCCCAAAGGUUCAGGAGAAACGUGGUUUCCCACCUCCUCCUGUCACUUCCCUCAUCUUUCCAUCUCCUCUGAAAAGAAAGCCAAAAGGAAGAAGACAGUGCUAGAAAUUCAACUGGCAGAGACUUUGAAAAAUCAGGUCAUAAUGAGGCUAGUAAUCCAGGCUAAAGCUGAAAGAGGAGGAUCAACAGAGACAGAAAAGAGAGAGAUGAAACCUGAAUGAUGAUGAUGAUGAUAACAACUGACAUUUACAUAGUAUUUUAAAGUCAGCAAAUUGCUUUAUGUAAAUUAUCUCGUUUCAAAUGAAAGGACGUUUGUCAUGCUCCUAAGCUGUUUUUAAGCCUGUGUCUUAUAAAUCAGAAAGAGUGAAGUGCAGGAUAGAGAGCCACUGUUAGAUGUUGAAAACCUGGAUCUGUCUUGUACGUAGUAAUUGUGUGUCCCUAGUCAAGUCGUUUAACAUCUUAGCGCUUUUGGCAACUAAGACUAAGUUGAAGAUUUAUGGUCUU